CUCAAGCGCUGCACCCACGAUUACUGCCAUAAUGGAGGUCACUGUUUGUCAAUUAGCGAUCAAGAGAUCCGCUGCAACUGUACCGGGAUUGGGUAUCGCGGAGAUCGUUGUCAGGACAAGCUGGUCACAUGUCCAGACAACUAUUGCCUGCAUGGCGGUGUCUGCGAACUAAGAGGCGGCGUCCAACCGAUGUGUAAGUGUGCUCAAACUGGUUACCACGGCGACCGUUGUCAAGUUUCCCCCUGCGACUCAGGCACCUUCUGUUUCAACGGUGGCCGUUGCAGCAUGGAUGGGUCACGCGCCAUCUGCGACUGUCGUGGAAUCGGUUUUCACGGCGACCGUUGUCAGGCGCCGAUCUGCUCCAGCGACAUUUGCCGAAACGGUGGUCGCUGUUUUGUGGGGGCCAACGACGAGCCACGUUGCGACUGUCGAAACACCAACUUUGCCGGUGAUCGUUGCGAGCGAGUAAUCUGCCUGCCCGAUCACUGCCGAAACAGUGGAACCUGCGUUAUAGAGCCGAACUCGAACCAGCCACGUUGCGAUUGCCGUUUAACCGAGUUUCAUGGCGACUAUUGUGAACGGCCAAUUUGUUCGGCCGACUUUUGUCGCAACUACGGCGUCUGUCGAGUGGGCCCAACACGUGAGCCGGUCUGCGAAUGCCAGGGCACCGGUUAUACCGGAGAACGUUGCGAACGGCCCAUCUGCCCGGCGGGCAGAUGCGCAAAUUCUGGUCGAUGCUUCGUGAAUGCUUCAGGUCAGCCGGAAUGCGACUGUUCGGGCACCCAGUUCACGGGGCCCCGUUGUGAUAAUCCCAUCUGCCAGGCGGGCUGGUGCGCCAAUGGGGCUCGGUGUUUUGUCAACUCUGCCAGCAAGCCGGAGUGCGAUUGCUCGGGGACUCCGUUCACGGGGGCCCGUUGUGAGGUGGCCGUGUGUCAGGCUAACUUUUGUGCCAAUGGGGGUCGUUGCAUCGUCAGCAGUUCUGGCACCGAGGCGAUCACGGCCAAAGUGAGGACACAGGCCGAGUGCGACUGCAAAGGGACCGGGUACGUCGGGACUAGGUGCACAAUCCCGAUCUGUACACCGGCCUUCUGCUCAAAUGGGGGUCGUUGUUUUGUUGGUCGAAAUGACCAGCCGGAAUGCGACUGCUCGAAUACCGGACACAUUGGGUCACGCUGUGAAAUGCCCAUUUGCACACCAGGAUUCUGCCUGAACGGCGGAGUCUGUCAAGUCACCCCCGGCGAUCAACCGUCCUGUGACUGUUCAAGGACACCCUUUACUGGACAGCACUGCCAAACACCCAUCUGCCAACUCGACUUUUGUAGAAAUGGUGGUAUAUGCCGCCUAAAUCCGGCUAAUAGACAGCCGGAAUGCGACUGCAGUGUAUUCGCCAUUUCGAAGCGCAAGCAGGGCAAGUAA